AGUGCCACAGUGAAGUUUGUCGUGUGAGGAGAUCGAGGAUUUUCGAGGUUGUGAUUACUAAAUUGAGCAUUCAUGGCCAAGGAAAAAGGCUAUUUUCCACUCUGUACAGGAGUUUCCAUCGCCUUGUUAGUGGUUGUGGCCUGUCUUCUUGUUAUUCUUAAUAGAGAUAACACAGAGAUUGCUACGGAACAUGUACAAAACCCACGAGAGACUGCACCCAAACAUAAGAAGAACAUCUCACAGACAGGGAAUUCUACUUUAAUAACUGAGACAAAAUCAACACAUAUUCACUACAAUCGAAGGGAGUUCUGUCAAACGUGCUGUCACACACCACCAUGCUGGUACAAGAACCACAAAAAAUGUAGCAAGUGUGCGAACAGCAGACAAUCAAAGCUCUUGAUAAAAAGAAUUCUUCAAAGAUCGAAGACGAAAGCGGCGAAACAUCAUCUCAGAAGGAAUAACAAAACAAACUUGAAGGAUUAAUGAGGAACAAUAAAGUAAAAAGAACAACAUUCAACUUUAAAUCACAGGAAUUCUUUAGCAGAUAGCUGGCCUCGCGCAAAUUCUUCGUCUAGAGGGAGCUUCUUACUCAGGGAAUUCGAAAAACAAGCGAGGAAGUAGGUCAUAUUCUGAAUUGUCAAGAGGAAAAUGAAAUACUUGACCCUCAAAGCCAUCAGUGCAAACUUAAUGCACGAUCUUUGUUGGCCUAUUGUCACGCAAAGGACGAGAAUAUAUCUAAGCAGUACGGUAUCAUCGAGACUGCACCUGGCCUACAGUUUACAUAUCCACGCAUGUUCAGUUAACGCUUAAAAAUCUUAGUCUCCCCUUCAUGUCUCAAACACAGAUUUUGAAAUUCGAGAAUUUUAUCAAGAUAUUACCAAUGUAUUAAAUUAUAUAUACUCUAUAUCACAUUUAA